UUACAGUCGAACAGUGAAUAGGCCGGACGCAGUUCCGGAUUCUACUACAUAUCCCAGAAUUCCCUUUCCAAAACAACAUCACACUAUUUCCUGUAUGACUGAAACUAAAGUCAUUAUAUGGUGCGGAAUUUUUAACUACACCGGUAGAUCCUCACCGAUUUAUCGGUUGACUGUAAUACAAGGCGUACUUUUAUAGGAUUGCACAGCAAGAACUAGGCAUGACUACAGAGUCUGACUCUCCAGAAGAGUGAGUGUGAAUGGAGUGACACGAGUGGACGGUACUGACGAGUCAUGGACAGCCAAUGCAGCAGCAGUGUGGGCAACAUUAACUCAACACCCAUUUCUGCCCGUAUCGAGUCCUAUGAAGGAGAGAAGAAGUGCAUCUCUGAUGUCCGAAGAACAUUUUGCUUGUUUGUGACCUUUGACCUUUUGUUUGUCACCUUGCUGUGGAUCAUUGAGCUCAACGUCAAUGGAGGAAUACAAGAGCAGCUGAGAAAAGAGGUGUUGGAAUAUGAUUACCACAAAUCUUUUUUUGACAUAUUUCUCUUGGCUGUGUUCCGCUUUGCAGCCUUGAUUCUGGCCUAUGCAGUGUGUAAGCUGCGCCAUUGGUGGGCCAUUGCGAUAACUACAGCAAUUACAACUGGUUUUUUAAUAGUGAAAGUAGUUGUAUCAAAGCUUCUGUCACAGGGAGCGUUUGGGUAUUUGUUGCCCAUUGUCUCCUUCAUUCUGGCAUGGAUAGAGACGUGGCUGCUGGACUUCAAAGUCCUGCCCCAGGAGGCUGGUGAUGAAAUCAGGCAUCUUUCAGUGCAAAAUGCACUAGAUCGAGAACCUCUUUUAUACCCAGGACCCGUUUCAGAAGGCCAGUUCUACUCUCCUCCUGAGUCCAUGGCAGACUCUGAUGAAGACCUUGAUGAUAAACAUGAUCUUGAGAAGCCCAUCGUCUAGCAGGAGCUCAGAUUAAAUGCUGACUUUCAGAGUACAACUCUUCCAGCGCUGCUCGACCUCGCGUCGUGUGUCUUAAUAUGGGUUUUUGUACAUGGGUGACCAGAACUAGACAGUCACUCUGCCUUAGAUCUACUAUCACCAUGAUCAGCAGUGUGUUUAUCUGUCUCUAUCUGCCCACACAAGCUCUUAGUGCAAUCGAUUUUUUUUGUCUUUUCCACUGAACA